GAAGAGCUUCAACCAUUUCUCUGCUGGAGGAGGUAGAAAGGGGAAAAGACACGACUAACAAGCAAGUGACAUACCUUUUUACAUUGAGAGCUUAAAGUACUACGAGAAAUCGAAGGAAAAAUUUAGAUUUUUUUCUAAAAGAAGAUUCAGUGUGGUGGGAAAGCCAAAUUGCAGAUACCACACGUGUCAGCAAUGUCACAGCAGCCUACAGCGGUUUCCAUGGCUCCAGUUUCUAACACAAACACGAUGACAGUGGGGGAAGGGGUAAAAACUUCCACAAUAGAAAUCAUUCUUCCCGGUCAACAGGUAAAGAGCCAGGAGGGAAAUGGCGAAGAAGCCCUGGGAACUAUUAAUUCUUCCCGUUGGACAGAUCCCGAAACCAUGGCCCUGCUAAGCCUUUGGAGAGCAAACUAUCGAAUCAUCAAAGGAAAGAAACGAAAUUACGAAGAAUGGAACAUGAUUGCGAAGGAGUUCAACAGGCGCGUAGCUCAUUGCUCGCUGGGGCCCAGAACAGGGAAUCAGUGCAAGGUGCGGAUAAAGAACCUGCUCGCGGAAUACAAACGAACAAAGGACCAAUUACCUCAUUCAUUUCCCUACCACGACCAAAUAAAAGAGAUUCUCAACAACAAAAGUGAUCUCUAUCGCGAAGAAGAGGUGGUGCGCAUCAACAUACCAGCUGAACAUACAGUUGCUAAUGGCAUCGUUGCUUCUCAAACCGUCGUUACUGCUUCUUCCACAAUGACCAUUCCCAGUGCUAUUCCUUCGGACACGUUUACAGGUAGACAUUUGCGCCCUAUCAAGCCAGCCCCACCGCCCACGCCCUUAAAUGCUCCGAUCGCGGCUAGCCAAGCAGGGAAACACUCCAUCCCCAUACAAGUGUACCCGACAGUUCCUUCUCAGCCUACUCCAGCGACGGCAGUCAGCGUGGAACCUGUGCAUGCACCGAAGGGCUUAGCGAGCGAAGAUGAAUCAUCAGAGGACGAGAGCUACUCGGAAGAAAUGACUGUUCGGGGCUUGAAGAGACCUACCAUCGCCGAAACCCUUCCCCGGAAAAAACCGAGGAAGAAUCCCAGGCCGCUUAAAACAGCUCAGAGCCGUCAGGAAGAUCUUAGCAUGAUCGCCAUUUUGCGGGAGUUUUUGGAAGACAGUCGCAAAAGGGAGGAGGACUUAUUUAAAAGAAUUCUACAGCAACAACUUGAAGCCGAGAGUAGAUAUCAACAAUUUACUCUGGAUGUGCUGAAGGAAAUCGGCAAAAUGUUCAAAAAAGAUUGAUCUCUAACCUUGAGAUUUAAAAGCAAAAGUAUGUAAAGACAUUGUUUAAGACCUAUUUAAAGCGAAAGCCUAAUCAUGUAAUCACCUAAUAAGUUAAUUUGGUAUUGUGUAAGCGUAAGCCCUUCGUCAGUCGCUGAACUGGUAAAACUAAGUUAUAAGCUUCUGAUAAAACCUAGUUAUGUUGUUAUACCUUUUCUCUACAGUUUCCUCAGAGAAUUACCCCCUUUACUCAUGUAAUGAGAGUUUGGUUACGUUCAGUUGUGUUGAAAAGAACGAGAUUGAGCAAGAAAUACCAGGCCUUUUCUUUUAACUUUCAGAAGACAACCUGCGAACAGAGCUAAGCCCCUGCUUGCAAGACGCCCCGAAGAAACUUGUGUUUAUACAGUUACGUUCAACCAACAACGUUUAGCAACAUUUUCUAGCUUUACUUGCCAUUUCUUUCUUCAUUUUAAUUGUGAAAAUCACAUUUGAACCUAAAUUGAAAAGUCCACGUUGGAGCCACGACUAGAAGUAUAUGCUCCCCUCACCUCUUAGGCAGGUUACAAAUGACAAGCGAUCAAAGUUUUGAUUUUCAGAAGUUUAUUCAUAUUUUGGUCUCACCUGAACUUCCCGGGCAGGGCAGAGUAUAUCCGUAUGUGUCGCUGUGCACAAACUGCCUGUCAUUCAGUUUUGUUGUGGAGUAGAUUGCAAAGCACUCCAAACAAACAGCGUGUCCAUCGGGACAAGGAAAAACCAAAACAGGAUCCCUGCAACACGAUUGAACUCACGAAUAAAUGAACAAUCGCCUCCAUUUGGUGUGAAAAUGAGGUCAGGCAUUUGUCUGCAGGCAUAAUCUGUUCCUCGAUCCUCACAAUUUUCCGAGAAAAACAGUGAGCUUCUAGGAUCACAAUAUGUCCAAGGACAAAUUAAUGAAAAUAUGUGAGAGCCAAAUGGCGACUAUAUGCUUAUCAUCCUUCGAAUAUCUUUCAGAGCGCGACACAAAAUGU